UUUAAACAAGUACGUUCCCCACACUGACCCCAACAUCUCUUUGCUGCAUUUUCUCUCGAUUCUCUCUCGCUUAGGGGUCUAAACGAAAAGGUCCGUAUUACUGUAAUAUUAUAACCAAAAGGCAAAGCUUUUAGUUGGGAAACUGCAACAAUCACCAUGGGAAGAUCACCUUGCUGUGAUAAAAAUGGGCUAAAGAAAGGGCCAUGGACACAAGAGGAGGAUCAGAAGUUGAUUGAUUAUAUUCAAAAACAUGGGUAUGGGAAUUGGAGGACCCUGCCAAAAAAUGCCGGUCUUCAAAGAUGCGGAAAGAGUUGUCGUCUCCGAUGGACAAAUUACUUGAGGCCUGAUAUCAAGAGAGGCAAAUUUUCUUUCGAAGAAGAAGAGACAAUAAUUCAGCUACAUGGUGUAUUGGGCAAUAAAUGGUCUGCCAUUGCUGCUCGGUUGCCCGGAAGAACAGACAAUGAAAUAAAAAACUAUUGGAACACUCACAUUAGAAAGAGGCUUCUACGCAUGGGGAUCGAUCCUUUUACUCAUAGUCCUCGACUGGAUCUCCUUGACCUCUCCUCGAUUCUUAGCUCGUCUCUUUACCACCAGUCCCAAAUGAACAUUUCAAGGCUACUCGGAGUCAAUUCCUUGCUUAACCCUGAGCUUCUAAAGCUUGCCACUUCUUUCGUGUCACCGCAAAACCAGAACCAGAAGUUCCUUCUUAACAAUGUUGAUCACAGCCAGCUCUGCAGUUCCCAACUCCAAAACCAAUACCAACCAUUAGUGCAAUCGAAACAAGAUCUACCAACGCAAGUCCAAGAACUUCCAGUUUGCACCUCGUUGAAUACUAGUCCUAGCAGUAUUAAUCCAUUUUCAAAUGAAGCACAACUCGUGAAUAUGGUCCAAUUCCCAUCAAAUUUCUCAGACUUAAAUGACUGGCAAGGCAAUGCGUUGCCUUCAAAUUUGACGGAAGAUUACGUGCCGGAACCGCUCAACUAUGACUAUUACGGCUCUAAUAGACAUCAUCAAACCAUCAUGGAUCAUUCAUUAUCAGAGACCUCGAAUUUCCAAUCAAACAACACCAACCCCAGUUUCGGCUUCGCGUCGGUAUUAUCGACGCCUUCAUCAAGUCCAACUCCACUGAACUCGAAUUCUACAUACAACAACGGUUGCGGCACUGAAGACGAAAGAGACAGCUACUGCAGCAACCUUUUGAACUUUGAAAUCCCAGAUUUUUUGGAUGUUAAUGAUUUCAUGUAGGUUCAAAAUUAAUCAAAACUCAAAAAAUGGAGUUU